GCUGAUGCUUGACCAAAUGUUUUUGACGGAAGUCGGUCCUUCUUUCGGCCAUCCCACGUUUCCCGCGUCUGCAGAUCAACGUCUAUUUCAGACACAAGGUGGCCCAACUUCCACACAUUCCAGGGGAUCUACUGAAUCUCCAUCCAAUACUGACAGCGAUUUUCAUGCUGCUUGUCUUUCCUCCUCCGUGUCUGGUAUGACAUCAAGCUUACCCACCAGCUCGCUUUCGACCCCCCAACACUAUUCCAGCGCUGCUUUAAAGAUAGAAGAUGAUCGUGACAGUAUACCGUCUUCUAUUAGCCAUACGGAUUCCACUGAACCGAUGGGAUACGUAUGUCAUGAUUGUGGAGGCGUUUUCUCCGAUCACUCGGUUCUUUCGCAGCAUCGAAUUUCUCACUCGGCGUCAAAAUACAUAUGCCCCAUGUGUAACCGACCUUUUGCUCGGGAUGAUAAGCUCAAACGUCACAUUCGGUGUGUCCAUAGCUCCGAGCGACCUUUCAAAUGUGAGGUAUGCUCCAAAGCCUUUGCUCGAAAAGACAAGCUUCAGGAGCAUGCACGUCACCACAACCGCGACAUCACGUUUACCUGUUCCAUUUGCUCGGAAGUGUUCGUCAUGCGCUCCCACUUGAACCGGCAUUUACGCGGUGUACACAAAAUGAAAUUGUCCACUUUUAACUCCCGGACCGAGAGCACCAUUACAAACGCAAAAGCCAGCCUCCCGUGUAACAAAAGUGCUUUUACCCCAGUCAACAAUGGGCUCCAGGCCGUGGACUCGCUUUCUGCUCACAUGUUGAUGAAUCCUGCCACUGUACUCACUCCGAUAACCACAAACGUUACAAAUAAAUCAACAAAACCACGGCGGAGAUCUACUGCGCGACGCUUCUGCCCAAGUCAGGAAAAUGCGGAGGACGCAACCAAACCCUUGCUUCCCUCUUUCUGUAUGCGUCCUAAUUCCUUGUCCGCAUUCAGCAUUCCUUCAUCCGCCGGUGCUGAUGCCUCUCUGUUUCUCGGUCUCGGUCCGUUUGGUAGCAAUCCGGCACCCUCGUUUGCAUCAGCAACGCCGAAUCUUGAUACACAGCACAUUUCGGCGGAUUUACCGUCAUCACAUCGCUUUCCAGCCUACUCCGGAGGCGAAUCCGUGUACCGUAAUCAGCCUGCCAACCAAACGUACUCGCAACAACAGUUUGCUGCACCCCAACCGCAGCAACAAACUGCUUGGUCAGCUGCCAUGGCUGCCAGUCUUUUUGGACCGGUGAAUUACGUCGGCUGGUGGCCCCAGGCGAAUGCCAACUUUAUGCUGCCUUACUCCUCAUCCUGCGGUCACACGACAACGUCACAUAGCUCUGAACGUCCAUCAUCAGAACCAUCUGCCUCCAUUGUCUCCCAGUAUCCGCCUAUGGCAAACGUGAUCCCUCCAGACACGGGCUUUCAGCCUAGACAGUCGCAAGCACCCGCUCCAACCUCUUCUAUCACGAACACCCUUCCCUCUUCGUACAAUUUGUCGGGCUCAUAUUCCGGCGGUUGCGGUGGUGGACUCAGUGGCGGUGGCAACAGCAGUGGUGCCGGGUUCGUGGGGUCUACAGCCGCCCCGGCGCAUAUGCUAGCCUCCUUGCCCACGUUCGCCCAAGCAAUGUACUACCAAGCAGCCAGCUGGGUCGCGAAUCAGAACGGAGGAGCAGACGCUCAGGGACGUGGGGGUUGGGAGACGAGCGGCGCGCCUAAAUUCCCCACUCCUUAUUCCUCCACUGUGCCUAACAAUCAAGACCGUUGAUGCAUUUUUUGUCACACCAAAUCAUUGCACGACUUCUAUAGAAGUAUUUCACUUGUCUCACUCCGAGACUGAGAUUUUCACUCUUAUUUUUCUACCUGGGUUGUUUGAGACUGCAUUAUGGAAUGGGCAUGUACCUCUUCCUUCUAACCCGUGUGAAAACUAUUGUCAUUUGCAUUUGUUGUCUAGAUUGCUUGUCAGAUUUUGUGAAAAGAUCUGCAUUUAUCGAGUUUAAAUUUGUUCUCUCUCUACCCAGUUUGAUGUGGUGCAUUUUCUGUGCAAAUGUCUACUACACACGCUGACUGUUGUUCAGUUUUAUUACUUCACUUGCAAGAGAACGAUGGAGCAUCCGUGAAUCCACUCCAUUUGUUGUAUGCCGGUUUGAAAGCGUAGUGCUAUUGGCAUACAUCUGUUCGAAUGAGUCACCUCAUUGCUUAUUUUGGAUUGGGGUCCACGGUGUUCUUAUCCCCUCAAAGUACA